AUGACAAGUCUUUCAUACGAUGUAAUUGUGGUCGGCGGCGGCAACGCAGCCCUUGUUGCUGCUCUCUCUGCUCACGAAGCUGGCGCCAGAACCGCCAUCCUCGAAGCAGCUCCCAAAGCUUACCGUGGCGGAAAUAGUCGUUUUGCGUCUGCUGCAUUCAGGAUCGUCCAUAAUGGCAUGCAGGAUAUUGAGCCGCUGAUUCACCCGGAUUGGAAAUAUCUGGCCAAGCGUGCAAGGCUCGUGCCCUUCACCAAAGAGCGAUAUGCAAAUGAGAUGUUAGAGAAUUCUCGCGGUCACUGCGAUAAAGAGGCAAUGCAUGUCAUGUUUGAUCAUUCGUAUGACACUGUAAAGUGGAUGCGCGAUCAGGGAGUGCGAUGGAAGCUUGCACUCAGCAAGUUUUUCAGCGAAGAUCAAAUCACACAAGACGUUGUGGACAUCAACCCCGGGCUUUGUUUAAUUGCCGAUAACGAAGGCAUUGGUCUGACCGACAAUCUCUGGGCGGCUGUAGAGAAGAGUUCUAUUGAUUCUCACUACUCUUCUCCUGCUUAUGAUCUCAUUACCAAUGGCGACAACAUUCUCGGAGUUCGCGCGCGCCAAAAGGACGGCUUUGUCGAUUUCAAGGGCCAGGUCAUUCUCGCAUGUGGUGGUUUCGAGGCAUCGCCCCGCCUUCGUCGUCAGUAUCUUGGGCAGGGGUGGGAUCUUGCUAAAGUCCGUGGAUGCCGCUAUAAUACGGGCACCAUGAUUGAGAACGCCAUCUCCCACGGAGCACAAGCUACAGGUCACUGGGGCGGUUGUCACGCUGUUCCCGUUGACCACAAUGCCCCCGCGGUUGGCGAUCUCAGGCUGACUGACAAAACGAGCCGAUACUCUUAUCCGUUUGCCGUAAUGGUCAAUAAAGAUGGACAGAGAUUUGUGAACGAGGGCGAGAACACGUUUGAACUCACUUAUGCUGCCAUCGGAGAGCAGAUUGCAAAGCAGAAAGAGGCUGUCGCAUUCCAGAUCUUCGACCAGAAAGUCCUCAAGACUUUGGAGCCGCGUUACUCGACCGCCACACCUGUGGUUGAUGAUACUUUGGAGGGGCUUGCUCAAAAGCUUGGCCUGAAUGUAAAGCAGUUUGUUGAUACGGUCCGAGAAUUCAACGCCGCAGUGCCAAAGACGGGCCAGUUCGACCCCUUCCACUUGGAUGGUCUGUCCACAGGAUCAAAGCUGGCUAUCCCCAAGACUAAUUGGGCCCAGGCGAUUGACCAAGGCCCUUUCGUUGCAUUUGCUGUUACAUGUGGCAUUACGUUUACAUACGGCGGCCUAAAGACCGAUCCCUGCGCUCACGUUCUUAACAAUGAAGGAGAAAAGAUGCCUGGUCUCUGGGCCGUCGGUGAGAUCAGCGGAGGUUUCUUCGCAUUCAACUAUCCUGGCGCUGCUGGUCUAGUCAAGGGCGCAGUGUUUGGCCGACUGGCUGGUAAAGCUGCGGCGAGAAGGGCAAAAGAUCAGAAUAGGGCCUAG